AUGCGCUAAAUUUAUGUUGUUGUUUGUGGCGGUAAGAUGGCGGCGCUCGGAGACACCUCAGCUCCGGGGUUGAACGGGUUAAUACAACAGUUCACAGCAAUAACAGGGGCAACUGAGAGUGUAGGAAAACACAUGUUGGAGGCAUGCAACAACAACCUGGAGAUGGCGGUGACAAUGUUUCUGGAUGGUGGAGGGAUUGCAGAAGAGCCCAGCACCAGCUCUAGCUCAGCAGCUUCAAGCAGCAGAGCUCCCCCUUCAGAUGAAGUGCGAGCACCCAUUCCCCAGAAGCAGGACAUAUUGGUUGAACCAGAACCCUUGUUUGGAGUGCCAAAGCGAAGGCGACCUGCCCGAUCAAUAUUUGAUGGUUUCCGAGACUUCCAGACUGAAACAAUCCGACAGGAACAGGAGCUGCGUAAUGGUGGUACGGUGGAUAAGAAACUGAGCACCCUGGCAGACCUUUUCCGUCCUCCCAUUGAGCUCAUGCACAAAGGCAGCUUUGAGACGGCGAAAGACUGCGGGCAGCUGGAGAACAAGUGGCUCAUGAUCAACAUUCAAAAUGUUCAAGACUUUGCCUGCCAGUGCCUGAACAGGGAUGUUUGGAGUAAUGAUGCUGUGAAGAACAUCAUCAGAGAGCACUUCAUAUUCUGGCAGGUAUAUCAUGACAGUGAAGAGGGACAAAGAUACAUCCAGUUCUAUAAGCUAAACAAGUUCCCUUAUAUUUCCAUCCUUGAUCCUCGUACAGGUCAGAAAAUGGUGGAGUGGAACCAGCUGGAUGUGGCGUCGUUUCUGGAGCAGGCAACUGGUUUCCUGGCAGAGCACGGACAGCUUGAUGGGCCUUCCUGCCAUGCACCCCCAGCCAAAAGAGCUCGCUCUGAGAGUCUGAUUGACGCCAGUGAAGACAGUCAGCUGGAGGCAGCGAUCCGAGCCUCCCUACAGGAAACCCACUACGAGUCCUCAAAUGCUCCCGAACCUCCCGAUUCUCCCCGAUCAGACGACGAAUCAGAUGCAGAGCCUUUCUCUGACAGCGAGGGUCCCAUCUCUGUGGAUGGCUCAGACAGCGAAACACCAGGACCCCACGAAGAGAAAAGUUCCACCAGCAAACACAACCUGCUCCUCCCAUCGACAGCGGCUCAGCAGCGUCUACACCCAGAUAGUUCCACUUCUUCUUCCUCCCACAGAAAGUCCCCACACAAAGAAAACAACCACAGUCAUAAGAAGGAGGAGAGCAAAAAGAACCACCUUGAGCCCUCAGCAUCUGGUUCUCGUCAUUCUCAAUCUGAUGCAGACUCUGGAGGGAACCACUGCCCCCCUGAAGCAGAAAGAGCCGGAUCCUCCAAAACCAGCAGCACCAAAACCUGUGAAGAAGACUGUCCUGAUGACAACGGUCCCAAAGCCAGGUUGAUGCUUCGAUACCCAGAUGGACAGAGAGAACAAAUAUCCUUGUCAUCUAAAGCAAAACUUUUGGCCCUGGUAAGACACGUCCAGUCUAAAGGCUACCCUAACGAACGCUUCGAACUCGUCACCAACUUUCCCAGGAGGAAGCUGACCCACUUGGACUAUGACAUCACUCUAGAGGAGGCGGGGCUUUGUCCACAGGAAACUGUAUUUGUGCAGGAGAGGAACUAGCCUUGUCGGACACACUCACUGUUGCUUGUCUGUAUCUCUGAUUGACCUCACCCUUUCACAGAUGAUGAUCCCAUAACCUUCUGUUCUCCUGGAAUUGGGCCCUGUUUUUCUCAUGACAGUUCUUAGUGGAUGGACUACUUUCCCCGCCACGGCACUAGUCUAAAUACUGACGUCCCUGCUGAUCCCUUUGUAGUGUCUACAAUUGGCCAGUAAGGUUUCAGGGAUGCCAGAACUCUAAUUUUCUGAAAUGAUAUAUUCAUGACUGAUGCUAGCCUCAUUUUGCUCUGAAAACUGAGGCACAUCAUGGCAGAAUAUAACAUAUAGCUUAUUUCAAGUAAAAAGAGAACAAUUAAUGUCCUACUUACUGAUGAUGAGGCAACAGGGACGCGUACAAAAAGACUUUACCGCCCAGACAGAACAAUUAAUGUCAGGAGUUAAUUUUGUAGCUCUUCUCUGUACCUGGAGGACAGGUAAAGGGAGGAUCAUCCAUUGAUUUUGACCCAAAUUUGGUCUCUCGCAUGGUCAUGGAGAGGGGAAUUAUAUUUGUUCUGAGGGUGGGACCUUUGAGUUAAGGUCAGAAACUUACAAGUAAAAAGGAAAACCUCUCCUGUUGGACUUUGUGACACACUUGUCAUGUUUAUCUGACAGAAUUCUGGUUGAUCUGCACAUUUUUACUCAAGUUUCUAUGGGUUCAUUAGAGACUAGUAGAUUGUUUUUUGGAUUUCAACUUUUGAUACAGAAGGGAAUGAACGAAGGGUGGUACAUCUCAUCAGUCGGACCUACACUGUACAGAGAUGGCUUAGAGACUGAUUUAGCUGUAGUCAUUGUUUCCUCUCUUUUUUUAUAUGCUGCCAAGAAAAUAUGCUGAUGUUGAAAUAUAACCACCAAAACCAAGGGAGAUUCUGCUUGGUCUUUUGUUACAUUUCUGAAUUAACCACACAGCUGUGAUAUGGAAUACAACAGCAGUGAGUAAAGUAUUCACCAAAUAUUUUUGUAAUCAAUCAAUCUAUUUGAUUAUAUAUAAAAGAAGUGGAAAUUCUUUAUAUCCAGCUUCAAAAAUGUGACUACUUUCUGGUUCCUUCACUUGUCUUUUACAUGAAACUGAAGAUUGCGUGAGGAUGUGUACGAGAAUGUCAUCUUGUGCUUUGGGAAACUUCAAUCAACACUGUCACUUUCUUACACUUUAUACACCUGACAAACUAACAGUGAAUUUAGGAAACCCACAGUUAAUCAGAGUAAAAUAAUUGUUGAAGGCAGCUUUAGUUUGAUAAGUAGGCUAUUCCUUAUCAGACUUACUUAUUUAUUUUGGAUGUAUGAUAUUAGAUACAUGCCUAUAUCUGACAUGCGUUUAUUUCAAAAUUAUUUUGAUUUAAAUACUGCUGUCGAUUACAAUAUAUAGAUAUAGUUCGGACCUUAAACUUCAGUCUUGCAAAUGCACUUUAAAGUUUAAGAAUUUAGAAGAAACACAUCACAGUCCUUAAAACAUUUUUCAAUUUAAAGUAGGGAACAAGAACCAAAAGAGACUUAAGCUGAUGCAGGUUUGAUGGUCCAGCCUAAAAUUCCGCCUACUUAAUUGUUCACAACACCUAUAUAUUUACAGAUGAUAUAUCAGUUGUGAAUACCUAAUAUCUGCUGUAAUGACGCCAUUAGUGUUAAUAGUCUCUUAAAAAGGGAUUAGUGCAGUGAAUAUGUCCCAAAUGAUUGUAGUAUCAAGACACCUGUACCUGGAAGGUCCAGUCACUGGUUAAUCAGUAUUCCUGGCUACCAUUACACCAUGAUGACAAAUAACACUCCAAGCAACUCAGAGAAAAGAAUAAGUCAGGGGAAGGAGUUACAAGCUUCAGCAGCUGAGUUGCGAGAGAGACUGCAUAAAACAACUGUUGCCCGGGUUCUCCAUCAGUCAAAGCUUUAU